AUGGUGGAGAAAGAUGUGGUUUCUUGGAGCUCAAUGGUUGAUGGGUACUGUAGAAAUGGAAGACUUGGUGAAGCUAGAGUGUUAUUUGAUAGGAUGGAAGAGAAAAAUGUGGUUACUUGGACUGCUAUGAAUAAUGGCUAUGUAAAAAUGGGGUGUUUCGAAGAUAGGUUUGGUUGUAUAGAUGCGGCUAAUAAUGUAUUUUGUAUGAUGAAGGAGAGAUAUGUGGUUUCUUGGAAUUCUCUAAUUGCUGGUUAUGCUCAGGCAGAAGAAAUUGAAGAGACUUAUAAACUUUUCAAGGAAGUACCAGAUAAAGAUCUAGUUUCUUGGACGACCAUGAUUAUUGGGUUUUCUAGUAGAGGGAUGAUAGGGAAAUCCACUAAGUUGUUUAAAAUGAUGCAAGAGAAAGAUGAUGUUGCUUGGACUGCUCUUAUUUCAGGGUUUGUGAACAAUGGAGAAUAUGAGGAGGCUAUCUAUUGGUUCAUUGAUAUGCUUCAGCAAGUGGUUAGACCAAACCCUCUUACCCUAAGUAGGUUGCUCAGUGCUUCAGCUGGUUUGGCUACAUUAAACCAAGGCUUGCAAGUACAUGCUCAUGUUGUGAAAAUGGUUAUGGAACUAGAUUUGUCCAUCCAAAAUUCACUAAUUUCGAUGUAUUCUAAGUGUGGAAGUGUAAAUGAUGCCUAUAAGACCUUCCAAACCAUCCCUUCCCCAAAUGUUGUUUCUUUUAACUCAAUAAUUACUGGAUUUGCCCAAAAUGGGCAUGGGAAAGUAGCACUUAAUUUUUUUAAGAAGAUGCAUGACGAAUGCCAGGAACCCAACGAGAUUACCUUUCUAGGUGUUCUUUCAGCCUGUACUCAUAUGGGAAUGGUAGAAGAAGGAUGGAAGUACUUCAAAUCCAUGAGAUACUUAUAUAAGAUUGAAUCAGGGCCUGAUCACUAUGCAUGCAUGGUUGAUCUCCUCGAGAGGGCUGCUCAACAUCUUUCUAAAUUGGAGCCCCACAAUGCGGCUCCUUAUGUGAUUUUGUCUAACCUGUACUCUGUUUCAAGGAACAUGAAGGAUGAGGAACAAGUUAGAAUAGCUAACAAAUUGAAAGGGAUGAAGAAAAGUCCAAGUUGCAAUUGGAUUAUGGUGUAG